AUGUCUACUCCACCAGCAAGUAUAAUGAAUAUUUCUCCAGAAACCGGGGUUCACGCUCAAGUACCUUCCCCAGGGUAUUCGGCUCAAGCGCCCAACCCUACCGCCAGUAGUUCAUCGUCUAAGAACAAAUUCAGUGCCAAUACUGGGACGUCCAAGUCUCUGAACGGCCUCUCCACUAGCGUUCUGUCUCAAAGUGUCGGAGGCCAGACUAUUACACGACCUGCGGAAUACGAGACCUUUGUCCAUGAUUCCGCACAAAAUUUCUCUCAUCUCAAACCAUUGGGCAGCUUCCUUUCUUGGAACUCUGAAGCUGAGGCAGAGAUCACACUGGUUAAGUUUAGGAAAGGCCUUGAACCAGUAUUCGAGCGCAGCAUUCCGGAAACGGAUUUGGAAACUUGGCUCGAAAAAGAUACUGAGCAACAGCUCUACGUUGUGGAGAACAUCUCCCCGAACGUAGUGAGGCUACUUGGUGGCUACUUCAAGAUCGACCCUCAAUUUUUCGUUGACUACCUCGAUAUCGUCCUCCUAGACGAGUCUAAAAAAGGAAAGGCCAGAGAGGGCAGAGUGGCAGGUCCGCGCCCUUGGUACCGUUUGGGUGAUAUCGAGAAUCACCUACCUUCACUACGAUCUGUAGAUGGCACGAAAGACCAUGUCUUCAUCCGCUUCGUUGGGCCGAGGGAAUAUCAUCCAAAGGUUGAUGGUGCAGCAGCAAUUGAGUUGCGCGAAAGACUGGACCCCGACCCAAAGUCUGCAAAUGUAGAAAGAAUCGCCGGUGGCCAUAAUCCGAUCCAGCUUGAUGACAGCACAGUUUGGCCGGUGGCUCUGGCUCGUCACUCUGCUGCGGCGUGGUUUAGUAGAAGUCCUCAAGCUACUUCUGGCGACUGGCUAAAGGGUGUUAUUCUUCUCGAUCCACCUUUCGAGUCCAGCCAGGCGUCACUCGACAGACAAAGAUCCAAGUACCGAUCUUUUGCAAAUCUUCCUUUACCGGGACAGAAGAAGACUCCGCACGAUUUUCGCGACACGUACCUCACGUCGCUCCUUCAUUGCUUCCGCGCAAACGAAGCGCUAAAGCAAGCCAAUCCUUCGCCAAUAGCGGUAUUACAGGACGUGUAUCGGAUCGUAGCUUCGGAAUGGAUAGCCGUGAACGCAUACCUCGAGCGGGAUCUAAAUGCUAUUGAGUGGAAGUUUGAACAAAAGACCCCCGAUCUCGACUUGCUCGAGAUUCUUAAUAAGCUAUUCAUGCUAAGGCGUCGAACGAGAAAGUACCAAGCACUAGUAAACGAUCAGCUGCAGUUGAGGCUUCCUGAUCAUUGGCAAAACAAUUCCGCUAGCGCCCAGGAUCUAGUGCGCGCUGCCAUGAAGACUGAUUUCGAGCAAGUCCAAGAUCUCAUCCGCGCCAAUGAUGACCGAAUCACUCAAACUACAAAUCUCAUCACGUCAGUCAUGUCCGUUCUCGAGGGACAGAAAUCGGUUGCACAGAAUAAGAGACUCACAUUUCUCACUAUCCUGGCGGCGAUCUUCGUACCAUUUAACGGCGUCGCCGCCAUCCUUGGGAUGCAGACAACUUUUGGCCCCGGCGGAAAACAUUUCUGGGGAUUUUGGGCUAUUUCUGUUGGAAUAGUUACUUGUAGUGUGCUUGUCUAUGGUGCCAUUCACAACAAAUUUCGCCCAAAGAAAAUACUUGGACGAGUCGCCCGCGGAUAA